AUGGCCAGUGGUCGCAUCCAACGCUGGGCCCUACUACUAGCAAGCUACGACUACCAGCUUCAGUUCAAGUCGGGCAGCAACAAUGGUAAUGCUGAUGGACUCAGUCGGCUACCAUCACCCUCAUCGGUACCAGAAGUCCCAACACCAGCCAAAGUCGUUCUGUCGAUGGCUGUCCUGGAGAACACUCCGGUCACAUCCACCACCAUUGCUCAAUGGACGAGCAAAGAUCCGGUGCUGUCACUUGUCCUCAAGUACGUCCAAGAAGGUUGGCCGGACAACAUCCCCGUGGAUUAUCAAGCGUAUUCCUGUCGUCGUAAUGAGCUUUCAGUAGUAAGUGGCUGUCUUUUGCUGGGCUCACGUGUUAUUAUUCCACCAAGAGGCCGUGAGCCGCUCCUGGAAGAAUUACAUGAAGGUCACCCGGGCAUAACCCGGAUGAAAGCCCUCGCCCGCAGCUACAUCUGGUGGCCAUCUAUUGACGACGAGAUAGAGCUCAAGGUCAAGAGCUGCCAACCGUGCCAAGCCAUUCAGAAGUCACCAGCCCUUCAGCCGCUACAUCCCUGGGAAUGGCCAGGUAAAACAUGGGUGCGUCUGCAUGUCGAUUACGCAGGUCCAGUUGAAGGCAAGAUGCUCCUGGUUAUCGUUGACAGUUUCAGUAAGUUUAUUGAAGUCCACCAGGUAUCGUCUGCAACCUCGGCUUCAACUAUUGCCAAGCUACGUCAGACAUUUGCAACGCACGGACUGCCGCUUCAACUUGUUUCCGACAAUGGCUCAGUAUUCACCAGCGACGAAUUUCAACGAUUCUGUUCUGCUAAUGGUAUCAAGCAUACCCGGUCAUCUCCGUACCACCCAGCCAGCAACGGUCUAGCUGAGCGUGCCAUACAAACCGUCAAGAAUGCGCUGCAGAAGUCUGUUGGUGAUUCUGAUUUGGAAUCCCGUCUGUAUCGGUUCCUGUUUCAGUAUCGCCUUACGCCACAAUCCACUACUGGUCAAUCUCCAUUUCAACUCAUGAUGGGUCAUAAGCCUCGGUCCCGUCUUGACCUCACAUUUCCGGACACUUCUAAGACGGUUUUCAGCCGACAGCAAGCAGCCGUAGACCGCCGCCCGGCUCACUCGUCGUCCUUCUGCUGUGGAGACCCUGUGUCCUGUGUCAACUUUGCUGGCUCACCUAAAUUGAUGGAUGGAGUUCUUGAAGAGUGUCUAGGCCCAGCCACAUUUACAGUGCGCCUACCCGAUGGCAGAUUGUGGAAACGGCACAGUGACCACAUCCGCCCACGAUUGCCAGCCGAGGAGCCACCUGUUGCUGCGCCAGAACAGGCGACAACCGCAUAUCCAGCUGUCGUUCCAUCUGGUCAACCUCUGAGCCAUCCAGUGUGGACAUCACCUGUGCCGGAUUCAGACGCAUCCGAACUACAGCCUUCAGUUGAUUCUGUACCAACGGCCGUAUCUGCCUCACCAGUUCCUCCAGCACAGGAAUCAGUCACACUUCCAGAGUCGCAGUCAGCUGGGUCGACUCCUGCUAUUCUUCCGCGUCGCUCAACUAGAGCUGUUCAGGCGCCCAUCCGUUUGGACUUGUAA